AUGGGGGCUAGGAUCAUUACUCUUCUGAUUCUAUUUCCUUUGGUUCUCUGCACUACAACGGUCGAGUUUAGUUCAAACAAAGCAAAUACGAGUACUGCUUGCAUACAGAACGAGAGAGCUUCUCUUCUCAAGUUCAAGCGGAGCCUGACAGAUCCUGAGAAUAGGUUAUCCUCUUGGGUUGGACGAGACUGCUACAAAUGGGCUGGAGUUCGCUGCAGCAACCGAACAGGUCAUGUCACCAAACUCCAACUUCGCAAUCCCUUUGCCUAUCACUAUUAUCAGUACCUGGGAGGUGAAAUCAGUCCCGCUUUACUUGAACUGAAAUAUUUGAGAUACCUGGAUUUGAUGGUCAAAGCAUCCCAAAAUUCCUCGCUAGGGAGCCUCACAAAUUUGCAAUAUCUUGAUCUCAGUUGGCACUACAACCGGCCCCCUUAUCGAAAUGUUGAUAACAUUGACUGGCUUUCUAACCUUUCUUCUCUUCAGUACCUUGACAUGUCUGGCAUAAACCUCACGAAGGUUGAUAUUUUUAAUGCAAUAACCAAACUUUCUUCUUUAUCAGUGCUACACCUGUCGAAUUGCAAUCUCAAGUCUAUUCCUGUUGUUCUUCCUUAUGUUAAUCUCACAUAUCUAUCAACUAUUGACAUCUCUGAGAACGAUGUAAGCUCUAUGAUUCCAAAUUGGCUCCUUGGUAUGCAUAACCUUGUCUCUUACAAUGGAAUCAGCACAGACAUCUCGAAGCUAAUAAGAGAUUUGUCCGGUUGUGCAAGGUACAGCUUACAAAGAUUGAAAUUCCAUAACAAUCUUCUCCAUGGGAAACUUCCGGAUGGGCUAGCAAUGUUCAGCAAUCUAACAGAACUCCAUGCCUAUAACAACUUUCUUUCUGGCUGCAUUCCUGAAUCAAUUGGAAGUUUGUCAUCAUCAUUGAUGUAUCUGUAUCUUGCCAAUAACCGAUUGGAAGACCCCAUUCCAGAAGCUGUUGGGGAGCUCUCAGAGCUAGUGGUUCUCGACCUUAGCUUCAAUCCAUUAGGAGGUCUAAUUUCUAAUUCACACUUUGCUAAAAUGACAAAGUUAGAGGCAAUAUUUCUGUCAUCAAGUUCUGUAACUGUUAACAUGAGCUCAGACUGGACUCCCCAUUUCCAGCUUAAAAAUAUUCGUAUGGGCUCCUGUGUACUAGGACCAGAAUUUCCCACAUGGCUUAAAGCACAGAGAAACAAAUGUCUAAUGCAAGCAUUUCAGCUACUGUACCUGACUGGAAAUCUUCUUACGGGUAGAAUUCCGCCAUCCAUCUGUAAGAUGCCUUAUUUGGGUGUUCUUGAUCUAUCAAAUAAUCUCUUAUCAGGAGAAAUCCCUCAAUGCUCCAAGAUGCAGUUAUCAGCUAUUAACUUUCAUUACACUUGGGAAACAACAAGCUACAUGGGAAAACACCGUCUUUGGAAAAUUGUAUGGAAACUUAAAGGGAACAUUCCCGUAUGGAUAGAACGGUUAUCAUCACUGAGGAUGCUUCGCCUACGAUCCAAUGUGCUUGAAGGAAGCAUCCCUGAACAGUUAUCGCUUCUUGAAAAUCUGCAAGUCUUGGAUUUAGCAGAUAAUAAUCUUUCAGGCACAAUACCUCAAUGGCUUGGCAAUCUGACUGCCAUGUCCUCAUCAGAGCAAACGAUCAUCAAGCUUUUUAAGUCCUACAAAGCUACUACAUUUUUAGACCAUGAAGAGGUAAAUCUUUCUCUGCUAUAUGAAGUUGGUUUGUAUGUGAACUUAUCUGGGAAUCAAUUACAUGGAAGGAUUCCACAGAAGAUCGAUUAUCUUCAUCAGCUCGAGUCUCUUGAUCUCUCGAGAAAUCAACUGUCUGGUGAGAUUCCGUCAAGCAUUUCCUCUUUAGCUAUUAUAAAUCACUUGAACUUGUCAUAUAACAACUUACGGGGAAGGAUUCCAAGUGGUAACCAACUUCAAACUUUAAAUGAUCCAUCUAUCUAUGAUGGAAACCGUUUGUUGGGAAAGAUUGACAAAUCCCAGAAUAAUUUCCCCAACUAA